GGCGCUCCCGACUGCCUCAACUGGAAUUACGAUUUUCGCGAUGGAAAACUUCAAUUCGAGUUGGUGAACGUGCGUCGAGCCGACUUUCGUUCCUUUUACGAAAACGACGGCCGUCGCUUCAGCACGCUGCCACCACGUCCUCCGUCCGUUCGUCGGUUUUUCCCACAUUUUAUUAAUAAUAAGUUGCCGUAUUGUCGGUUUCACGAAUGUUUUUGGUGAACACGCGCCUAAAAUUAGCACGUUGCCUGUGAUGUUUUAAAUCAUUUAUCGUUAAAAUGUUGAUUUAUAACUUUUACUUGUGACCAAACAUUUACCCUGUCAAUUAGCGAGUUUUGUGUGAAUUGUGUAGUGGUCGUCGUUCAUUGCCACCAUGCCGCUCUUCAAAAGGAAGACCGAAAGGACUAAAUCACUUUCGAGGAAGGAUAUAUCUUUGGCACGUCUUGAGAACUUCAGGAAGGAGGUCAUAACUGAUCAUCAUACUGUUCCUCUAAAUGACCUGUGUAGAAGACUUCAAACGGACCGUGAAAAUGGUCUGACGCCAAAACAAGCCGCCGACAUUUUAGUUAAGACUGGACCAAAUACGUUAACUCCUUCUCAUAAAACACCUGAAUACAUUAAAUUCAUCAGGACAUUAACUCACGGUUUCUCGUUGCUGUUAUGGAUAGGUGCAUUUUUGUGUUUCGCCGCGUGCAUAAUAAUGAAACUAACACUGAACGAAACAGACACGGACAACCUGAUCCUAGGUUGCGUUCUGGUCACCGUAGUCGUAGUUACCGGAUGUUUUAUGUACUUCCAAGAGCACAAAAGCCAAAAAAUCAUGGAAUCCUUCGAAAAUAUGGUGCCGCCAAAAGCAACAGUGAUACGCGGUGGGGAGACCAUGACAAUUGUGUCCAAGGAAUUAGUUGUGGGCGACUUGGUGGAUAUGAAAUUCGGAGAUCGGAUUCCAGCUGAUAUUAGAAUUAUUCAAAGCAAUGGCUUUAAAGUUGAUAACUCUGCCUUAACUGGUGAAUCGGAGCCUCAAUAUCGCAGCAAUGAAUGCACCAGCGAUGACCUAUUGGAAACUAAAAACUUCGCUUUUUUCUCAACCAACGCAGUUGAAGGCACCGCAAAAGGAAUUGUUGUUGCUACCGGUGAUCAGACAGUAAUGGGAAGGAUUGCUGGUUUAACAGCCAGGUUGCAGCCUAACAAAACACCGAUUGCCAAAGAGUUGGAACAUUUCAUGAAGAUCAUUAGUGUCUGGGCAUGUUUCCUUGGUUUCGUGUUUGGGGCAACUGCUAUGGCAUUAAACUACUCCUGGAUCGAAUCCUGUCUGUUUUUGAUUGGUAUCAUUGUUGCCAACGUACCUGAAGGUUUACUCGCGACUGUAACUGUUUGCCUUUCUGUUACUGCCAAAAGAAUGGCAGCUAAAAAUUGCCUGGUUAAAAACUUGGAGGCAGUAGAAACGCUUGGUUCAACUUCAGUCAUAUGUUCAGAUAAAACAGGAACUCUAACACAAAACAAGAUGACAGUCUGCCACUUCUGGUACGACGGUAACAUCAAGGACGCCGACUCGACAGUUCAACAAGAGGGUGCAAAAAAUUACAGCCAUUCUGAAGUUUUCAAGACAUUGAUGAGAUGCGCCACCUUGUGCAAUCGCGCUGAGUUCAUCCACGGCCAAGAAAACACUCCAAUCCAAUCCAGACAAGUAAGAGGAGACGCAUCAGAAGAAGCCAUCUUAAAAUUCGUCGAAGUCACCCACAUACACGGAUCACCAACUGAAUUCAGACAAAAAAAUCCUAAAUUGCUUGAAAUUCCCUUCAGCUCCACGACCAAAUAUCAAAUCAGUAUUCACAGUUUGCAAGAAGGUGGAUUCAUCGUUGCGAUGAAAGGAGCCCCGGAAAGAAUUUUGGCGAGAUGCACCCACAUAUGUACAAAAGACGGGACCAAAGAAAUGACCGAUGAAAUCAGAAUGGUGUGCGACAAAGCUUGCACCGAUCUGGCGGAAAAGGGCGAAAGGGUGCUUGGUUUCUGCGAUUUGGUUCUUGAUCCUGCUGCGUAUCCCAAAGAUUACAAAUUUUGCGCCGAACCCCCAAAUUUCCCGAGGAAGGAUCUCCGUUUUGUGGGUUUUAUGUCGUUGAUUGAUCCGCCUAGACCUCAAGUGCCUGACGCCGUACAUAGGUGUCGUUCAGCUGGUAUUAGGGUUGUAAUGGUUACUGGUGAUCAUCCUAUUACUGCCAAGGCUAUAGCUCGACAAGUGGGUAUAAUCAAGUCUCCGGAAGUUAUAGAUGCAUUUAAUAUAAAUAUUAUUGAAACACUGCCACCAGAUUUAAAGAACAAGGCGAUUGUCAUUCAUGGCUCAGCCUUAAGAGACAUGACCAAUCAAGAACUGGAUCAAAUAAUAGCUCGUUUCAGGGAAAUUGUUUUUGCCAGAACGUCCCCCACACAAAAACUUCAUAUUGUUGAGAGCUGUCAACGAGUAGGAUUCAUAGUUGCGGUUACUGGUGACGGAGUCAACGACGCUCCAGCCUUGAAAAAAGCCGACAUUGGUAUUGCCAUGGGUAUUUCUGGCUCAGAGGUAUCACAACAAUCAGCUGAUAUGAUACUUCUUGAUGAUAACUUUGCCAGUAUUAUAACAGGUGUUGAAGAAGGCCGCAGAAUUUUUGACAAUUUGAAAAAAUCAAUUGCCUAUACUUUAGCCUCCAAUGUUCCAGAAAUAUUACCGUUUUUGGCAUUUGUACUUAUAAGCAUUCCAUUACCUUUAGGUGUUAUGGCUAUUUUAUGUAUUGAUCUUCUAACUGAUAUGAUGCCUGCCAUCAGUUUAGCAUACGAAAAAGCGGAGAGUGAUAUUAUGCUAAGACCUCCAAGAAACCCCAAAAAAGACAAAUUGGUUACUAGAAAACUGUACUUUUUGGCAUACGGUCAUAUAGGAAUGAUUGAAGCCCUCUGUGGCUUCUUCAUCUACUUUGCCAUAAUGGCCGAAAAUGGUUUCUUGCCUUCAAAACUAAUUGGUCUUCGUGAGCAAUGGGAUUCUGAACACAUAAACGAUUUAAUGGACUCUUAUGGACAAGAAUGGUCAUAUGAACACAGAAAAGAAUUAGAAUAUACUUGUUAUACAGCGUUUAUGAUCUCCGUCGUUGUCACUCAAUGGGCCGAUUUAAUUAUUUGCAAAACAAGAUUCAAUUCAAUACUGAAGCAAGGUAUGGGAAAUAUGGUACUUAAUGCCAGUUUAGUUACCGAAACUAUUGUGGCAUGUAUGUUGUCAUAUUUGCCUAAAAUGUAUUAUUUGAAAUUUUAUCCUGUUAAAUUUGUGUGGUGGUGUUAUUCACUUCCGUUUGCAAUUUUCAUCAUUAUAUUUGAUGAGUUCAGGAAGUGGUGCAUAAGGAAAAACGAGACAGGAUUUUACAGAAAGGAAACAUAUUAUUAAUAAAUAAAUUACUUAAUAUUUCAUAUCAUAGCCUUAAUGUUAUUAAAACGUACGGUUAGUUGUUAUGUUGAGAUGCUUGUGUCCAGCAACGGAGACCCAGUUAUUGAGUGUGUUUUAAAUAAUGUUUCAAUAUGCACAAUAAAAUGUUAUAUUCUAUUAAUAAGCUCAAUAGCUUCUUAUUGUUUUGAAUCUUGUCAGUAUUUAUGUUUUCGUUUAUUUGAUUAAAUUUUAAUCGAUAUUUUUCCAUAAUUUUUUUUUGUUUCAAAAAUUUAGGAAAUGUUUUACUUCUGAAAAUAUGCAGAUGCACUGCACUUUAUAUUUAUUGUUAGUUACAAUAGUAUAAUAUUGUUGAAGCUUACUUUACAAGUCAGAAUAGUAAUGAUUUUUUUACUUUUGAUCAUCUAGAAGUGUGUGUAAUAAGUAGAUGUCUAGAUGUAAAAUAGAUAUAGAAAAUUUCCAUUAAUAAUAAAGAAGUAUUUAUUUA